UCUCCUCCUGUUUGUUUCUUGGUCGUCGAGGCAGUUAGAGGUUUGAGGACGUUGCGGAGGUCGUGGCGGGGUCAAAGGUCGCAGAGGUUCAAACAGGGCUGUGUUUCAUCUAUUUGACCUGCUUUAAUCUGGUUUGACGUGAGGUCAUGUCCCGCCUCGUCCUCCUCGUGUCCCUCAUCAUCGCUCUGUGGUCGGCGGCGGUGAUCAGUCGGUCAGUUCCUUCAGUGUUCUCCGACCCUCCGGAGGCUCACAUGCUGCUCCGCUCCCGUCGGGCCAACACCUUCCUGGAGGAGCUGAGUCAUCCCUCGAUGGAGCGUGAAUGUGUGGAGGAAAGAUGUGACUUUGAAGAAGCCCGAGAGAUUUUCAAAACCAGGGAAGCGACACUGGAGUUCUGGACGGUGUACACAGAUGGGAACCAGUGUCACUCCAACCUGUGCGUUCAUGGAGCCUGCGUGGAUCAGUACCAAGACUACGCCUGCCGCUGUAACCAUGGAUACGAGGGCAAAUACUGCGACCAGCCUCAAACAGCCACCAACUGCUCGCUGGAUAACGGCGGUUGCGACCACGAGUGUUCGGAGAGCGAGGACGGACAGACGAGGAGCUGCAGCUGCGUGAGCGGAUACAAACUGCACGCCAACUCCAGGAAAUGUGUACCCCAAGGUCCAUCGUCCUGCGGUCAGCUCCUGAUCAGCAGGUCGUCCUACUCCAAACCGUUGGACGGCCUAAUGCCCUGGAUGGUGGGAGGGGAGGUGGGAAAGAAGGGGGAGAGUCCCUGGCAGGUGCUGCUACUGGACGCCAGAUGGCAAUUUUGCUGCGGAGGCGUCCUGAUCGAUAAGAGCUGGGUUCUGACCGCCGCUCACUGCCUCGAGAGAAGCCUCAAAUUCAGAGUACGACUGGGUGACUAUGAACGUCGCCGGGACGAGGGCAGCGAGGUGACCCUGAAUGUCAUCAAGACCUUCAAACACCCGAACUACAACAGCCUGACGGUGGACAACGACAUCGCUCUGCUCCGCCUGGAGACGCCCGCCCCCUUAUCCCAGUUCAUCCUCCCCGUCUGCCUGCCGGGGCGCCAGAUGGCGGAGCGGGUGCUCAACCAGAACGGCACCCUCACCGUGGUGACCGGCUGGGGCAAGGAAGACCCGGAGAGCACCACCUACAGCUCGGCGCUCAACAUCAUCAAGGUCCCGCUGGUGGACCACGCCGUCUGCUCCCGCCAUAUGUCCGUCAACAUCUCCAACAACGUCCUGUGCGCCGGCAUCCUCGGGCAGCGGAUGGACGCCUGCGAGGGGGACAGCGGCGGGCCGAUGGUGACCCUGUACCGAGACACCUGGUUCCUGCUGGGCCUGGUGUCCUGGGGCGAGGGCUGCGGCAGGGAGGACAAGCUGGGCAUCUACACCAAGGUGUCCAACUACAACCAGUGGAUCAACAGAGUGCGGGAGGACUGGGACAAAGAAUAUUAUCCAGAACCGCCAAGGGUCUGAACCACGACCGUUGGCCCAGUCUGGUCUGUUAAACCCCACGUUACGGCCUCAGUGAAGCAGCGAUGUGACACACUUUAUAAAUAAACGGAUUCUGUCUCAA